GCAGCUCCAUUUUGCGUGGGAGCUUGCUUUGCUUUGCUUGCCUUCGUCGCUGGCUGUGGCGAUGAUUUGACGUGUCUUUUGCCAUUGCCUGUCUACCGACUCCCGCACCACGGUGUAUUCGGUGCGCGUUGGGUUUACUGAUAGAAGCUGUGGUGUAGCAGAAUUUGAAAAUCUAUCGGUCUGAAAACGAUGUGCGGAGAUUGUUGGAGUAAGGUGAGGUUAGAAACCCUAGGCUUUGGGGUCGGGAGAGAGUGGUAACCAGCGCGUGGGAUUGAGUGAAGGGGAGGCAGUGGGAGAAGGAGGAGGGGGAGGACGGGGAGGGAGAAUAUACGGAACGGAGGUUUUGGUUAGGGUAGGGAGUAGUAGGAUUUGGAAGUGGCAGGGAUGGAUGCCGUGUAUGGCGAGGAGGGAGAUGCUUCGUCCAAUGCGUUGUUGAAAUGGAGAAACCAGAUGGGGCGCCGGUUUCAAUACUAUUUGGAUAAGUCGACGCCGCAUGCCGGAAUGCGCUGGGUUGCCACACUCGUCGUGGCGGCAAUCUACUGCUUGCGCGCUUAUUACGUGAAAGGUUUUUACAUUGUCACGUAUGGGCUCGGCAUCUACCUGCUCAAUCUGCUCAUAGGGUUUCUAUCGCCUCAAGUGGACCCGGAGAGCGAGGGCCCUGCCCUGCCGACUAAGGGUAGUGAUGAGUUCAAGCCAUUUAUUCGCAGGCUCCCUGAGUUUAAAUUCUGGUAUGCAUUUACAAAAGCGUUAAUUGUCGCGUUCACCUUGACAUUCUUCAGUAUUUUCGACGUUCCCGUUUUUUGGCCAAUAUUGUUGCUAUAUUGGAUCGUCCUUUUUGUCCUCACCAUGAAGCGCCAAAUUCGACACAUGAUUAAAUAUAGAUAUGUCCCUUUCUCAUUGGGCAAGCAGCGAUACACUGGUAGAAAGCCUUCUCCAGAGAAGGCCAGCACUUCUAGCGAUUAGUCGUUCUUUCGAGGCCAGGUAGACUUCCCUGUUUGAGGCUGCGAUCAUUUAUCAGAGUGUCGCCCUCUCUCGAGGUUGCUAAAUUUCGGUGGAGGUUCAAGCAGGUUAGGUUGGAAGGGUGAUUUGUAGCACCUUUCUAAGACCCAUUUGAGCACUUAGUGCGAUGCCAGCUCCUGCCCCAUUUUUGAGCCCCACCAGAUUUCCUUAGCUGCGUCUCAACGGACACACGGCAACUGGUUUUGUAGACCUAAUUCUUUGGCUUCUUGUAUUGAAAUCUGGAUCUAAUCCUCAUUCGCUAAUGUAACCAGCAACUGACGUUUGAAAUGCAUGAUAUGAAGGGUACCUGUUUGCGGUCUCUUGGAGCAUUGCUUUUUCCCUUUA